AUGGGAGGUCCGGGAGGAGGUCCGGGAAUGAGCGAUCGGUGUAACGCGUGCGGCGGGGUGGGGCACUGGGCGCGUGAAUGCCCGAGCAAGUUCGGCGCGCGAGGCGGGUUCGGCGGAAGGUUCGGCGACGAUGGGAUGGGACCCAAGUGCUACGAAUGCGGGCGGAGGGGACACGUGGCACGAGAGGCUGUCAGUUACAAGCCGGGGAUCCUUGACGGCCGCAUAGUUCAAGCAGGGCAACCCCGACGGCCCCAUAGAGCAGCGCUGCUACGUGUGCAACGAAGUGGACCGGGAUUUCCGCCGGGGAUUGCGGCGUUUGGGGCGCCGAUAGGGACGGGGUUUCCGCCGCAGGUGGUGCGUCCGGCGGGAGACGGGUGCUAUGAGUGCGGCGAGCCGGGACACUUCGCCCGAGAGUGCCCUUCCCGGUCGCGGCGUUUUGCGGAACGGGCAGCGGCAGCGGCGGGGGCGGCGGGGAUUGCAGUGGCGGGGACGGGGGCCGAGGGGCGGCGCAUAGCUUCCAAGGCAAGUGGGAGGGCGGCAGAGGAGGCGCUUAAUAAUGAGCUGGAGACGUACAUGAAGGACAAGGCUAGGGAUGGGGGCAGCAGUGAGGAGAGGGAGGAGGAGGGCAGGAGGCGCGGCGGGAGGGAGAAGGAUGCAGAGGGAAGAGACGAGGUAAGAGGAGGGCGGAAAGGGGGAAAGGAUUCCAGUGAUAGCGACAGUGGUGUGCGGAGGAAGGGGAGAAGUGAGAAGAGGGGAGGCGACAGGAGUAGCAGGAGGAAGCGCUCUCGAUCGCGAUCGAGCAGUAGCCGGUCCAGGUCGGUGGGUAGUAGUCGAUCGAGCCGCUCGUCGGGAUCGAAAUCGUCCCGGUCGAGGAGUAGGUCUAAAUCGAGAUCGUCGCGAUCGAAAUCCUCUCGCUCAAGAAGUAGGUCCAAGUCGUCGCGCUCGUCCGCCUCGUCCAAAUCAAGGAGCUCGAAAUCGAAGGGUGGGGGGUCGAAGAGCACGGGGUCGUCUUCUCGGCGCAAGGCGUCGCCGUCCGCCAGUGAUGCUUCGUCCGGGAGGGAUGGGAAGGGUGGCAGCAAGCGGCGGAGCGACUCUGAGGAGGUUUCGAAGAGUGAUGAUGCGGGGAGGGAGAGGGAGGGGAGGAGGAGCGGAGGGAAGGGAGAGGGGCGGGAGGAGGAGAAGGGGGAGAAGGGGAGGGAGGGAGGAGAGGAAGAGGGGAGGAAGGAGGAGGGGGGAACCGGGAGCAGGGGAAAGGAGGGUGGAGAGGAGGGGGGGAAAGGAGGGGAGGACAGGGAGCAGGAGGCAGUGGAGCAAGGUAGGGGGGAGGAAGGAGCAGAAGGGGGAGAAGCGAGAGGAGCAGGUGGGUUGAGCGAGCGGCGAAAUGAGGGGGAGGCAGCAGAGGGAGAUAAAAUGGACGAGGAUAAAGGGGAAGGGGCAACUGCAGGGGGGGCUGCCGCUGAAGAAGUGGGUAAGGGAGGAGCUGGAGGUGCUAGUGAUGGUGUGAGGGGGGAGGAUGCAGGAAACAAGCGCAAAAGGACGAGUGAGGGUGAGAAUACAGGUGGGAGUGUGGGGGAGGGAGGGGGCGAGGAGAUGAGCUUGGGGUUGGAUGCUAUAGCAGCUGCAGCAGAGGCUGAGGCGGCUGGGGCAGAGGCUGAGGAGGGAGGGAAGGAGGGGACGGAGGGACGUAAGUUGCUUGAUUUGAAUGAGAUGGAAGGAGGAAAUGAUGGGCGUGUGGAUCAAGGAGGGCAUUGA